CCGUCGAUCUGGUGUGCGAGCUUUUGUGGCACGGGCGAUGGAUGCGCCAAAAUGCUCGUCGAUCGAGGAUGGAACGCGCUCGGUUUCUCUGGAUUUGAGGUAGCUGUGGCGGAUUCUCUGGCCGGUUUCGGCGCAUUCGAUCGGCAUCGGUGAUAUUUCGAGGGGAAAGAUCGGGCAUUCUCUUCCGGGGAUAGGAAUCAUAGGAGGCGAGGCACCGAUCGAGAAUGCGCGCCGUGUCGAGCUCGUCGUGCCACUGCUGCUGCUCGGUCGAUGCCGGGGAGCUGCGCGAGGCGGCCAAGAGCUGGACAGCGCCGGCGGGGGCCGCGGCGAGGAGAAGAGCCAAGGGAUUGCGGCUGCGAGCGUCUGUGGGCGUGGAUGGAAGCCCCGUGGGAGCGAACAACGUGCCGGAUUACAGGGUCUUCUCCACCAUGAUCGCUGAUAGCCCCGCGGCGCUGCCAUCGCAGCAAAAGGUUUACGAUGUGGUGCUCAAGCAAGCUGCCUUGGUCGAGAAGCUGGGGAAGCUCGAGAAGUUCCCAGCGAUCCCUGUGACGAACAGAGAUCUCUUGGAAGAGGCGUAUACCAGGUGUGGAGAGAUUUGUGCCGAAUAUGCCAAGACCUUCUAUCUAGGGACUUUGCUGAUGACUCCAGAGAGAAGGAAAGCGAUCUGGGCGAUAUAUGUGUGGUGCAGGAGAACUGACGAGCUCGUGGACGGGCCAAACGCAGCACACAUAACUCCCACGGCGCUGGAUCGCUGGGAGCAAAGGCUAGAAGAUCUCUUCGUUGGAAGGCCUUUUGACAUGCUCGAUGGAGCACUGGCAGACACUGUUUCGAAGUAUCCGGUUGACAUCCAGCCGUUCCGGGACAUGAUAGAAGGCAUGCGACUGGAUCUGGUAAAGUCGAGGUACAAAAAUUUUGACGAGCUUUACCUGUAUUGCUACUACGUCGCCGGCACUGUGGGACUCAUGAGCGUGCCAGUGAUGGGCAUUGCGCCGGAAUCCAACGCUAGCGUGGAGAGCGUCUACAAUGCCGGCUUGGCCUUGGGCAUCGCGAAUCAGCUAACCAACAUUCUCCGGGACGUCGGGGAAGAUGCCGGGAGAGGACGAGUCUAUCUCCCUCAAGACGAGCUCGCCAAGUUCGGCCUAUCGGACGAGGACAUCUUCGCGGGCAAAGUUACUAACAAGUGGAGAGCGUUCAUGAAGGACCAGAUAACGAGAGCUCGGAUGUUCUUCAAGGAGGCCGAGCUGGGUGUCAUGGAGCUAGACAAAGACAGCCGGUGGCCUGUGUGGGCUUCGCUGCUGCUGUACCAGCAGAUUCUAGACUCAAUCGAGGCCAACGAUUACGACAAUUUCAAGCGAAGAGCCUACGUUGGCAAGUGGAAGAAGCUCGUGUCACUUCCCAGCGCCUACGUUCGUGCUAUCUCGCCGGAUGUCUCUCGCCUCGUUCCAAUGAGCUGAGAUUGGUGGAGCGGGCGAUUCCAUCCUCGCGCCAGAGAUCGCCCAAAUACCUCCUAAAACAGCCAGGAAGAACAGGAUUAGAGAUUUUCUUCCCGAGAGAGGAAGAAACUUGUCCAGGCCUCUCUCACUAAAUCAAAGAGAUUCUUUCCACUGGGAGCGUUU